AUGGCGAUUUUCUCUUCAAUCUUGGUCGCAUUUGUGGCCGUGGCGAGCACCGUUUCUGGUCAUGGACAUGUCAAGACUCACGAGAUGAACGGCGUUAAGUAUAUUGGAUACUUACCUAUCGCUGACCCCGACUUUACAGCCGAUGCUCCUAGCAUUGUUAGGAAAAUUCCUGGUGAUGGUCCGAUCAAGACUCCCCUCCUGGCAAACAUUACAUGUAACCAGGGUGCUGUACCUAUUCCCGGAAGAACUGGAGCAGUCGAUGCAGGAUCCCCAAUAAAGUUCUACUGGAAUGAGUGGCCUCAUCAAGGGCCUAUCUUUACCUAUAUGGCCAAAUGCGACCCCGACUGUGGAAGCUUCACAGGAACUUCAGGCCCAGUCUGGUUCAAGAUCCACGAACAAGGUUACAAUAACGUGACCAACCAGUGGGCUACCCAGAAACUAUUCGACGACGGGAAUACCUGGACUUCUACCAUCCCAGCCUGCUUAGCGCCGGGAGAUUACCUUGUCCGUCAUGAGAUUAUCGCCCUAUCUGAUGCCUACAAGUCUGGAGGCUGCCAGUUCUAUCCCAGUUGUGCGCAAGUUACCGUGGUGGGCAGCGGCACGGUUAACCCUACAGGAUAUGCACUUCCAGGUUUCUAUAAACCGACAGACCCUGGAAUCCUGUUCAACACAAACUUGCCGUAUACAUACUACCCGAUGCCGGGCCCACCGGUUUUCACUUGUCCCACCUAG